AGUGCAUUUCUAAGUGGUUGCAACCCCUAAAAACACGAGAUAGAUUGUCUGAUCGAGUAGAAUAAGCCUUCUUGUAUUGGAUGUGAGUGACAUGAACUUUACAUACAGUUCUAAUUUGUUUAGUAGCAAUUUCUGCUGAUAUCUCUAAAACUCAAAAAGUUUUUUAGGUUAUUCUUGGGGAUUUUUUUCCCUUGAUGGUUAGUCUGUUUGAUUUCAGACCUCAACUUAUGAGACCUUCACUUGUUGCUAAAGUAAAUUCAGUUCAGAAAGUAUGGCAGCUGUUUUCAGUUUCGUCGUAACUGCUGGGCAUGAGCUGUGGCCAACUACAGAAUGUCCGGCAUUUACUAACCAACCAUUGAACUGGAGAAGUAUGUUUCUUUUGCAGAGAUUCAGGGAGAAAAAAAAAAUGGAGAUAGAUAAAUGUUUUUGUUGCAGGGACGCAAAGCAACCUCUCUUAUUUAAUGUUUGUCCAAAACAAACAGCUUAUAAGAGUGGUUGGGUGAAGAAGUGGUCAGCAUACAUAAUUUUAAUUGAUGAAAAUUCCUUCUCUGAUGGGUGAAACGUGAAGAACUACAACUGCCUUUGUUGAUUCUAACCUUCCAUCACAAGAAAUUCCAAGGCCACCUUUUUAUUAAUUUUCAAAUACUGCUUUAUAUUGACUAUGUUAAACAAAACCCCUUUCUUAUGUAGAAUGAUUUCUAUGCAUCAUGCCGCUUCCCCCUUUAACUCAGAUUUAUUGGAUCUGUUAGCGUUUAAUUAAUUUAAAUGAAAUCAAACCAAUUAUUUUGGAUUUGAUCGA